AUGGCCCCGCCUCCCCGCCCCCUCUAUCUAAUAGUCGCCACCACCAUCUCCCCCCCUCUCGGCAUCGGCGCUCGCGGCACCCUUCCCUGGCCCUCCCUCCGCGCCGACAUGAACUUCUUCCAGCGCGUCACGCGGGACACCCGUCCCACUCACCCAGUCCCGACACCAGUAUCAAAACCCCAGCACCGCCACCCUUCCUCCUCGUUCUCGGAACCCAACGCUCCAGCAACCCCCACCACUACCACCAUCAAUGCCGUCAUCAUGGGCCGCAAAACCUACGCCUCCAUCCCGCCCGCCUACCGCCCCCUCUCCAACCGCCUGAACGUGAUCCUCACACGGCGGGAGCCACAUGACGUAGCGACCUCCAUCUCCGAGGAGCUACAGGCCGCUACGGACGGCGCGCCGGUCGCCGUCCAGGCUUGCAGCAGCGACAGCAGCGGCAGCAGCAGGAAUGGCAGUGGCAGUGGCAGUGGCAGUGUCUUGCUGCGCAGCUUGGCGGACUCAAAGCCGCCGCCGCCAGUCAUCGUAGCGAGCGACCUCGCGCGCGUGCUGCGGGAGCUGUGGUCUGCGUCUGGAUCUGCAUAUGCGGACGGGUCAGGGGCGGGGGCGGGGGCAUUGCUGAGGCAGGCGGGGUGGGAGGUGGGGAAUGUGUUUGUCAUUGGCGGCGCAGAGCUAUAUCGGGAGGCGCUGCAGGUGCGGCGGACGUGGGAGGCGGAGCCGAGAUUGAGGUUGAGGGUGUUGCAGACCGAGGUGCGGAGGGUGGAUGGGGCGGAGGUGGAGGGGUUGGAUACGUUUUUUCCGGGGGAGCUUGGUGGAGAGGGGGGCGGAGGGGUGGUGAAGGUGGAGGGGGAGGAGUUAGGGGCUUGGUUGAAUGUGGGCGAGGGUGGGAAGGAGAUUAAGCUGCCGCAGGGGGAUGGGAAGUGGGCGAGUGCGAGGGAUGAGAAGGGGGAGUUUGAGGUUAGGGUUUCGGGGUGGGAGAUGUGA